AAACCUGCCAGUCGUUGUAUCGAGUCGAAACGGAUAAGCGCGUCUUGCGAUCGUCGUCAAGUCAGAGAGAGUUCGUCCAGCUCCCUGGACGUCCGUCAGUCUCCGUCCCGUCCCCUCGUUCCUCUCUCCUCAUGGCCUACUUGACCAUGACGCCCGACGACAUCCAGGGCGACUACACGUGCUCUGUGAGCGUGGAAGACUACCGUCUGAGCAGCAAGAAGGCCGAGUACAAAGUGGUCGUCCAGCUGUCCUUCUACUCGUCCCGCGCACACGCCACAGGGCGCACCAGUUGGCACAUUUGGCGCAGUUUCUCGGCCUUCCGCAAGCUCGACGAGCAGCUACGUAAGCGCAGUGCCGCGCUCAUGAAGGGCGUCAAGUUCCCGCCCUUAUAUCGUCGUCGAGCGCUCUUCCGAGUGGAUAAAAGCCCGGAAUUCCUCGGCGCCAGAGCCAGAGAACUCGAUAAUUACAUGAACGUGGUGACACACAAGCCGCAGCUCGUAGCCUUCCAUUUGGCUGCCGUAAGCAGCCAAACACUCAAGAGUUUCGUGGGUUUUAACUCGGGAUUCGGCGCCAACGCCGAGUACGACCAGCAGGACUCGAGUCUUCGCCCUUCCUCGUCCAUUUUGGCGUCCCCCGCAGUGGUACAGGCCACGGCCAGUGUUAUGGGCGACGACGACGACGAUUUCCGCUCCGUUUCCAGCAGUUCCACGGUCUCUUCCUUCGCGUCCAAUGCCAGCGACUAUCGCUGGUCCGGGACGGGUUUUGUAGGCAGUCAGAGCUUCGCCAGACACACAGCGCCUCAAAAUGUAGGUCGCACGUCCUUUUCGAGUAGUCGCGGGUCAUUUGCAGGCUCCAUUGGGCCAGGAUCGUCUCGAGGGAGCUGGUUCCCGGCCUCGUCCACUGUAUCGGAUUCUACAGGUCGUGCGUCCCUGGCGUCGCUCUCUAGAGGUUCUAUGAUGUCCAUGACGGCGCCUGAUGUCAUCACACCUGAAUUGGAUAUGCAGCGAGCCAAAAUGGAGGAUCAACUGGUGCAAACGGGCCUCGUAGGCGUCGGAAUGCCUCCGGAUGGCUCGUGUUUACUACACUGCAUCGUGUACGAGAUGUACCCAUUGCAGUGUCUUCGAGACUAUCCCGCCAGUAUGACUGUGGUCAAUGUAGGCGCCGCAGACGGCAUGGCGCCUCGACGAGUGGCCGCAGCGCAGUUUUUGAGGGUUAAAUUGAUGGAAUACGCGCUGGAACAUGUCAAAGAACUGGCGGGCUUCUUAAUGCAGGACGAAGAAGACGUUCGGGAACGAUACGAGACGUUCCGGGACACUCCGGAUGAACAGGCCACCACAGCUGAAUUGUAUGCUGUUGCGAGUAUGUUUAACAUCGAGUUGGUUCUCAUUUCUAACGACGAGAGCUUCCAGAUCGACCCGGUAUUGCCAGUCGAAGGCCUCCCGUCGGUACGCGAAGGACCGCGUCGUACGGUUACGCUGGGUUACUUGAUCCCGGCCGACGGACUGGCUGGGCAUUACAUCUGUACCCGUGAACAACGGGCACAGAUGGGGAUGCCUCAGAAUACAUUCGCUGGGGGCAGCUACCGAGGCUCCAUCCACAUUGGCCCACCCAAGAAUAUGAGCUGUGGCGCCUCCAAUAACCGGCGCUUUGAGCGGAUCCCGGAGCAGCGCGUUGAAUAGAAGUUACCAGAUCAAGAAAAUGACAUAACCCCCUACCAGAUUCGACAAAACCCGUCGAUUGGACCCCAGAACGGCGGAGAAGUCCACGUACAAGGCACUUAAAACAGUUCAAAAAGCCCAAACACUGCGGCAUUAAUCCAGCAACGUGUGUACAUUAUCAGCGCCAAGCUACAACUUGAUGAGGUGCCUUCUCUUUGGGCAAAAAAUCAACAGACUUUUCGGGCUGAUACGAAAUAUAUGUACGUGAGAUUUUUAUGUUAUUUAAACAUGUUUUAUUCAGCGAAUACAAGAGUUCAAGAACUCUCCAUUCCAGCGAGUAUUCGAUGCUUUCGAUGGAAACAUGUUCCAGAACCGCAGAGUUUCGUCCGCUCCAGCAGAUACAACAGUCGAUCCGUCAGGCGAGAUGGCAAUGUUUAAAACUCUCGCAUUAUGACCCGUGAGUUCAUGCACUUUGUCCAAUUGUUU